AAAUAGAAAAAUAACACCAGAGCACUGACAUCUCGCUUUCUUCUUGAAUUUGUUUUAUCUUUAGAGAUUUGUUUUUGAGUUGAGAAAAUAUGAUUCAAUCGUUUUUGGUGACGAUGAACUUCGUCGUGACCUUUGCAUUGUUGUAUCUAAUCAUGGUGAUGCCAUGGCACGUUAACUCACAAGAAGAGCAGAGGCUUCUAGUGAACAUGACGCUUGUUACGAAUGCACGUGAUAUUGAUGCUCUUUGUUUGGAUGGAAGUUUACCGGCUUAUCAUUUGCACAGAGGUUAUGGAGCAGGGGAGAAUAACUGGCUUCUACAGUAUGAGGGUGGUGGAUGGUGCAAUGACUUGCAAUCAUGCUUGGAGAGAGCACCAACUUACAGGGGUUCAACAAAGCACAUGAACAUGUCUGAGGUUUUCUCGGGUAUUCUAAGCAACAAUGCCACCCUUAAUCCCGGUAAGCCAAGCGUGUCAAAUAAUGAAUUUCCAAAAUAACUAGCUUUUAUUUUCCUUCAGAUUCCCUUUCACGUGCUCUUGUUAUUUCCAUGUAGCUACCUCUUGAUUUUAUACCUUAUUUAUGAUUUUCACUUAGCUUUUAUCGCGCUCUAUUAUGUAUAAAACCUUCCAAUCAUGUAUCUGAAGUGUGUUUUGAUUCUCCAUUUCACAUGCGACAGUGUGAUAUCUAAUUUGAGACAAAAGAUGUAAUAUUGUUCUCUACUUCACUAGUUCAUUUUCACACUUUUUUGUUAUUGUUCUUGAAAUGUUGAAGAUUAAUUAGUGCAUAUUGCAUAACUUAACUACUUUUCUAUUUUGGUAUCUUUUCAAAUAUUGGUUAGAUUAGUUUUCAUAUUUAUAAAGUAGUUUGUUAGAGUUAGUUAACCAAAUUGAAGUUAGUUAUAUUAGUUGAUAGCUUCUUUUCAUGUUUUAUACACAUUGAUCUUGUGUCAUUAGGCAUUUAAGCACAACAAUGAGAAUGCAUGCUUCAAUCAAUCAUUUUUCUUCUUCUUCUUCCUUGAGUUUUUAAAGUUUCAAGCUUCCUUUCACGGAGUUUUAACUUCUUAACAUGGUAUCACAUGCCUUCAUCGAUCUAACUUCACUUUUCCAUCUCUGAUUCAUUCUUUUCUUUCAUCUUCUACCAUGCCACCUCGUCUUGCUCCAUUGGAUCCACACACGGAUCAAAGUAGUCCUAUUAUGUUCAUCAUAGUGAUGGACCUUCUUCAGUAAAAGUAACACCCGUUCUUGAAUGUUUUAAUUACCAUUCAUGGGAAGGAUCUAUGCAUAGAGAGCUCUUUGUGGUAAAAUGAAGCUCAAUUUUGUAGACGGAUCCAUGCCAAUUCUGAUUGAUGAUCUUGAUCCCUCCUUCCACUUGUGGAACAGAUGCAACAUGUUUGUUUAUUCUUGGUUACUUAAUUUUGUUUCUGAAUCAAUUGCAUAAUAUGUUGUUUUCAUGGAAAGUGUCAUUGAUGUUUGGAAUGAAUCAAUUUCACAAUAUAUUGUUUUCAGAAUUGCAACUAAAGAUUUAGGUUUUAAAGCAAGAUUCCAAAAUAAUCACUAAACUUUACUCCACAAGGAAAGUUCUUUGGGAAGAAUUAUAAAUCUAUAUGCCAAUUCCUAAUUUCACAUGCAGGAUCAAUUGUUCAUCUGAAGCUAUGAGACAAGCAAGAAAGAAUCAUCACUUGCUCCAUGCUAUUCAGUUUUUGACUGGCCUAAAUGACAAUUUUGUUCUAGUUAUAUCACAAACUUUUCUCAUGGAUCCCUUACCUGACAUGAACAAAAUAGAAAUAUGGUUUUUCAAC